AUGUCUCGACAUCGCAAUAUUCGUAAUAUGAAUUACGACGAGGAGCGAGAUGACGAAGAUGAUGAAGAAUUCCAUCGAUACAGUAUCUCAACAGAUGAUGAAGUUGCUUCAGGUGCAGAAGAAUAUUUAUAUAAGCGAACGCAUACGAACUCUCUCAAUAAUAACAAGGCUGGUUGUUGCAUCGGAGAUUUCAUUCCGGAAGAAGGUCUUCCAGAAUUAAUGAAUGAUGUAGUCGAUGAUUCUGGAGAUUUUUGCUCCGCAACAAUAAAUGUUGAGAGACUUCACAGAGAUGAGUUAGCAGGAGACAGUGCGGCAAAAGAUCAUCAGUCAGUUAGAAGUAGAAUUAAAGAAAUUCAACUUCGGAAGCAGGUGAUAAAGCGGGAAGCAGAAAAAGUGGACACGCAGAAUGGCAAUAAUAAGCACUUAUCAGAGAUAUCUCAAAUGGAGAACUUGCAACUGUCAGAAAACAAAGAAAAGAAAAAAAAAUCCUCGGACCAAGUAUUAAGAACAAGUGCUAGCAGCAAAAGACUGGCUGCUCUUGAUGCCGCAUUAAAUGCUGUUAUACAGCCAUCUAAAGUGAAGCAGCUCUUUCAAGAAAAUAAGCCAAUGGUUAAUUUAGUCAUUGUUGGCCAUGUAGAUGCUGGUAAAAGUACACUAAUAGGACAUCUUCUAUAUCAAUUGGGUAGUGUUGAUGAACGGACUAUGCAUAAAUAUAAACAAGAAUCAGCUAAAACUGGCAAAGCAUCCUUUGCAUAUGCUUGGAUUCUUGACGAUACACAGGAAGAAAGGCAACGAGGUAUAACAAUGGAUAUUGCACGGACAACGUUCGAAACUGAGCAUCGGAAAAUUUUCGUUCUAGAUGCACCAGGUCACAAGGAUUUCAUUCCCAACAUGAUUAUGGGUGCCGCUGAAGCAGAUGCUGGUAUAUUAGUUAUCAAUGCAACUCGUGGAGAAUUUGAAACUGGGUUUGAUCAGGGAGGUCAGACGAGGGAACAUGCUGUCUUACUCAGAUCUCUGGGGGUAGGUGAACUAAUAGUUGCCAUAAAUAAGAUGGAUACGGUGAACUGGUGUCAACAACGUUACGAUGAACUUUGUGCCACUUUAAAGGUUUUCCUUAGAAAGCAGGCUUCCUAUUCAGCAGUUAAAUUUGUUCCGCUUUCUGGAUUGGAUGGAACAAAUUUGACAAAAGCUCCACCUGAUGGUCACUCUUUGUGCACAUGGUAUCAAGGACCAACACUUUUGCAAGUAAUGGAUGAAAUGCAAGUUCCAGUACGGUCACAGGAUCGCCAUUUCCGAGCUGUUAUUAAUGAUAUAUACAAAGCCUCAACGUCAGCGCUUUCAGUAGGCAUCAAAAUUGAGGCUGGUUUUAUAGAAAAUGACGAGAAAGUGUACAUAAUGCCAAAUGCUGAUCCUGUAAUUGUUAAAGGGAUAGUUGUGGAGGCCAAUUCGAGGAAAGACAUUGGCUUUGCUGGCGAUCAAGCUACGGUGACUCUAACACCUGUUUUAAAUAUCGAACCCAAUUCCAUGAGCAUUGGAUACGUUCUUUGUCGUGGUGGACAAGAAUGUCUCAUCCCUGGAAAGAAAUAUCUGGUGCGUAUUGUUGUUUUCGAUAUUGUUAUUCCGAUCAUAAAAGGCACUAAAGCUGAACUUUUCGCACAUUCGUUGUGCGAACCUUGCACCAUCACAUUGUUGAAGGCAGAACUAAAUAAAUCUACAGGCGAAGUGAUAAGGCAAAAACCUAGAGCACUAACAAAACAUAUGAGUGGAACAAUUGAAAUUCAAACUGAACGAGCUGUGAGCUUAGAACGGUAUUCGGAAUGUAAAGCACUUGGUCGUGUGACACUUCGCUGUGUGGGACGAACUGUUGCAGCAGGCAUUAUUGAACAGAGAUUGGAUUAA